AUGUUGCUGGUCAUUCUAGUCUCGAGCGUCUGCCUCGGCGCACCGAUCGACGAGCUCCUGUCGCGCCGCAGAUUCAAGAAUCACCUCCAGUUUACCGACGCUUUCGAAGCAUCUUCGGUUGAGGAUCACCAGUAUGGCGUCAGGAGGCAACUUGUGGGCGCGUCACGACAGGUAGCGCAUCCCUUCGCCUCAGAAACCAAGGAGGAAAUCGCCGCGAAGUCUGUUAUUCCUCUAUCUGCAGAAAGCGUAACCAAUAUGCUAAACGAGCUGAUAGAAGCUCCGGAAGACAUCAAGCAGGAACUGGUAGAACAGACGUCCAAAGAAAUCACGAAACAGCUGAAAAUAACAAGGAGAGCCGGGAUGGAGGAGCUCGAAGGAAGCGAAGAAGAGGUGGAUUCGGAAAGUGAAGAAGACUCGCUCCCCGACCUCAGUCAGUCCGUACUUCACAUAAUAGAGCUAAAAAGUAUGGAUAAAGAAGGGGAGAGCGAGGAAGACGAUGAUGGAAGUGACGUCCGCAGGAUAAGAAUAAGGAAAUUAAAACCGGAUUUGUCACGGCGCGCAAGCAAGGCGUUUGGAAGCAGGAAAAGGGGAACAUCCAAACAACUUGGCAGUUUCAGGUACGCAGUAAAGAACAAGAAGUCAGAGCAGGUGUUCGGUCACCAGGCCAUGUACGGCGAGGCGGAUCAGAGUGGCAGCUAUUUCGUCCAGUUCGCUGAUGGUCGAAUAUUGUACGUUACGUAUACGGCUGACCACCGCGGAUACAGGCCCCUCCUUAGAUACUUCGACAGUCGUGAAGAAUUAAACGCGUUUCUUAGGCCGCAAUCGCAAGGAGGCCUAAUCUUUCCACCGCGGACAACCACCGCCGCCCCAGUGAGGACGACACCGUAUGUCGUUCUCACAACCGAAAGUCCUGUUUUGCCCGCCGAUUCUUCUGAACCAUCGUCUCCUGCACUUCAACUGUCGACGGAGGUCCCCGUGGAACAGCCUCUUAUUAUAGAAGACCUGGAUGUUGAGUCUUCCCUGGAUGUCUCUUCUGAAGUAGUCUCCACUACUGCCUCACCAAUAGAUGAAGCACCUCUUAAUGAUGCAGUGACUCAGGGAAUAUCUCUAACGACGAUGCAAAAUGAGGACGCCAUCACCUCGGACCUUACGACAGCAAUGCCUUCUGAACUCUCAGCAGAUCUGAGUAGCACUACCGAUGUAGACGCUUUAAUAACAAAUUUACCAGAUACGAUGACUCUGAUGCCCGAAUUAGACCAAUUCAAUAAUGACGCCUUGGAUACCAGCAUCUCUUCUGGUGGGUAUUCCGAUGUAGAUAAUGAAGAGGUACUUGUUACCUCAGCACCGGAAAUAGUUGAUGAGGAAGUUAAUGUGACUAGUACUCCUGAAGAAGAGAUUGUAGACACUACCACUGCCGAGGAGGAUGGACUUUUGGUUAAUCUGGUCACCAGUAAACCCGAGGAAGACUCUUUGAUUACUCAACAACCUGAAACAUUAGCUUCAAGUCUGAAUGAAUCAAUAGAAGGGUCAUUGACCACAAGUAUAUCCGAAAAGGACACAUUAACCACCAAUGAACCUGAAGAUAUUUUAAUUACGACCGUACCUGUGGAAGAAUCUUUGGUAACUAUUGAAACUACAGAGAAAUCCUUUGUUGCCAGUGAAAUAGAGGAAGAAGUUUUGGUUACAAGUAAAACAGAAGAAAAUAUGGAGUCCAGUGAAUCCGAGGAAGAGGAUUUGAUUACUGAUAGUCCAGAUGAGGAAGUUGUCAUCACCAGUGAACCAGAAGGAUUUUUGGUUACUAGUGUCCCUGAAGAAGAUUUGCUUACAAGUAAACCUGCAGAAGAUGCUUCUGUUACCAGUAACCCUGACAAGUCUUUAGUUACUAGUGAUUAUGGAGAAGGGUUUUUCGUUACAGGCGAAGCCGAAUAUGAGUAUUUUGGCACCAGCGAACCAGAAAAACAAUUGCCAACUACCAUUCAACCUGAAGAAGACCUAACUACUGUUGAUCCAAAACAAUAUAUAGUUACAAACAAACCAGAGGAAGAUUUGUUUAUCACUAGUGACCCAGAAGGAGAAUUUCCGGCUACGGCUGAACCCGAUGAGGAGUUUUUGAAUAGCAGUGAAUCUGAGCAAGAAGAGUCUUUGGUUACAAGUAACCCACAAGAAGAAUCUCUUGUCACCAAUGCAACAGAAAAUAUGUCGGUUACCAGUGAACCCGAAGAAUUUUUGACUACCGUUACACCAGAAGAAUCAUUCAUCACUAGUGGUUCCGAAGAAGACCACUCAAAUACUAGUGUAACUGCUGCGGAAGCCUUCGUCACUGACACACCAGAUAUAGAACCUGAAACCACUGACAGACCGGAUGCAGAAUUUGAAAUCACUGGCCAGCAGAAGGAAGAAUCCGUUACACUCAAUUCAGUCAACGAACCACUCUUCACUACCGUUAUGCCGAGUGACAAUGCAGUUGAUGAGAACACGGAAAGGCCAGACUCACUUUCUGAAAUAGAUACAGAGAAUGAUGUAGAAUACGAUUCUAUGCUCGAGGCUGACAGCAGUGGCCUCUUGAAAGAGACUCUUCCUGAAGAUAAUACAACGACCCCCGAAGAUGCUGAAUAUGUAUUUAAUGCUAAUGAUACCCAAACUCCCAAUGACGAAGUGGAAACGGAAGAAGCUCUAUCAUCAAUGAGCAUGAGUGAUACUGAGGAUGUUACCCUGCAGCCGGCAUUGCAGACCGAUGAACCUCCAGUCAAAGAAGAGGAGUCUUCAACUUUAGCAAACGAUGCCAACGACAAACAGGAAGGGAACGUUAUUAAUAUUUUACCACCACCAUCGCCCUCUGAAAAAGCUCUCUAUAUGGAGAUGUUGCCGAAGAAUUUGGACAUGAGCGUAGUUCCCUCAUCAGAUCAAGCUCGCAACGGCACACAGGUUCCUUCGAACACUAGUAACGCAAAUGCAAUUCCCAUUAUACCGCACGGAAACACCAGGCCAGAAUACGUCGCUAUAUCUGUACUUCAGAAAGAUACGGGUGUUGUCCAAAAUCCUGCUGACGCCAAGGGGGAGCUCUCCAACCAGCGCGACGCAGCCGAUUUGACAUCUUUGCCACGCGAAAGAACGUCUACCAAUCACCAGCCAACGCGUGGCCCCACGACGCAAUCUCUCGUCCGUAAAACGGUUAACCGCGCCAGAAACCUGUCCUCCCGACGAAAUUCUCUCCUUUUCGGGAAGCGAAGAGCUUCCGCCCUCACGAUGAAACUCCGCCCGUCCCUGAAGUUAUCAGGCCAAAAGAAGACCGAAGAUGACUCGGAAUCGUUGGGGAACCGUUUCAGACUGCCGCCGCGGCGGCUAGGUUCGCAGAGGCGCGUCCCUCCCACACGCAACGCUCGUCUGUACCAACAUUGGCUCAAAAGACAAUCCAGAACUUUAGGGACGUUAAAAAACAGACGGUUAUCAAAAAACUAGGGUUAAAAAGAUAAGCUUAGUUUGCGUUAUCUUUUAAGGUGUCUUGUUAAAGGUUAAGCUUAGUAACAUGUAUCUGUGAUUAUUAUAUUUUACAACUGGAGGGUUACUCUGUCUCAUAAACAAACUCUGACUCAGAAGUAUUAGGAUAACAUAUGGAUGUAUAAAAAAAAAA